UUCAUUGUUACAUAGAGAAUAGCCAUGAGACCAUCACACUUGCAUUAUCUGAAGCUGCUCCUGUUAGUUGCCCUUGGUGGUGUCACCACCACACAUGUGCCUCUACAAGAUGUGCCUUCAUCCCUGAAGGCACUCCCCCUUGAUGGCCAUUUCAGCUUCCAAGAUGUGUCUGCUGCUGCACGGGACUUUGGCAACCUAUCCAGCUUCCCACCAGUUGCCGUGCUUCACCCUGGCUCAGUGGCUGACAUUGCCACAACCGUCAGGCAUGUAUUCUUGAUGGGUGAGCACUCCACACUCACAGUAGCAGCCCGCGGACAUGGGCACUCGCUGUAUGGGCAGUCCCAGGCUGCUGGGGGAAUUGUCAUCAGUAUGGAAUCCCUCCAGAGUAACAGAAUGAGGGUGCACCCUGGUGCAUCACCCUAUGUUGAUGCUUCAGGAGGGGAACUCUGGAUAAAUGUUUUGCACGAGACUCUGAAGUAUGGUUUGGCACCAAAAUCGUGGACAGACUAUCUCCAUCUCACGGUUGGAGGCACACUGUCAAAUGCAGGUGUCAGCGGGCAGACCUUCCGGCAUGGCCCACAGAUCAGCAAUGUUAACGAGCUGGAAAUUGUGACUGGAAGAGGUGAUAUUAUCACAUGCUCACCAGAACAAAACUCUGAUCUUUUUCAUGCUGCCCUUGGAGGCCUAGGUCAGUUUGGCAUCAUCACGAGAGCCAGGAUUCCACUUGAGCCUGCUCCAGAAAUGGUAAGGUGGAUACGAGUUCUCUACUCGGAUUUCACAAGCUUCACUGCAGACCAGGAAAUGCUCAUUUCAGCAGAGAAGACAUUUGACUACAUUGAGGGAUUUGUCAUUAUAAAUAGGACAGGGAUCCUGAACAACUGGAGGUCAUCCUUCAAUCCGCAGGACCCAGUGCAGGCUAGCCAGUUUGAAUCAGAUGGAAAAGUGCUCUUCUGCCUUGAGAUGACAAAGAACUUCAACCCUAAUGACGCUGAUAUCAUGGAACAGGAGGUCAACACACUGCUGUCUAAACUUACAUAUAUACCUCCCUCCCUAUUCCACACAGAUGUAACAUACAUAGAGUUCUUGGAUAGGGUACACUCCUCUGAGAUGAAGUUGAGAGCUAAGGGCAUGUGGGAAGUGCCACACCCAUGGCUUAAUAUCAUCAUUCCAAGAAGCAGGAUUCAUAAAUUUGCGAGGGAGGUCUUUGGGAAGAUCCUCAAAGACAGUAACAAUGGACCCAUAUUACUCUACCCAGUAAACAAGUCGAGAUGGGACAACAGAACGUCAGCAAUCAUACCAGAUGAGGAAGUUUUCUACCUGGUAGCAUUCCUAUCCUCAGCACUUGGUCCCCAUAACAUCAAACAUACAUUGGACCUAAACAACAAGAUAAUAGAGUUCUCUGACAAGGCAGGUAUUGGGGUAAAGCAAUAUCUGCCAAAUUACACCAGAGAACAGGAGUGGCAGUCCCAUUUUGGUGCAAGGUGGGACACAUUUCAACAGAGGAAAAAAGCCUAUGACCCCUUGACCAUACUAGCUCCAGGACAGAGAAUAUUUCAAAAGGCAUCAGCAUCACUACCCUUGCCCUCAUGACAGUAUCUAGUGUAAAUAUUUUUUUUCCUCUGAGCAUAUGUUUGUAAAGAACUGUAGGUAAAGCCAUAAAAUUUCUUCUGUGAAAGUAAUUAACUGUAGCAUGGGAAACACAGUUACUAACUAAUGACUAUUAGCGGUGAACUGGCAGUGCACUCGUGAACAUUUUCAUCAA